AUACGAGUCUUAUCAAUUCCGGGAGUGAUAUAUAUAUACAACUGUCCGAGCUUUAAACUUCAGUGAGCCAUUUCGAUUUGGAGCGUCAGGCUCAUUCGAAUCAUUGAAUUGAUCAUUUCCAAAUUUUUAUUUUAUCAACAUUAAAAUAUAGCGAAUUUAUUUUAUUCAAUAGUAGAAAAAUUUAAACAAUUGAAUUUUUUUUUAGUCAAAUUAAUUUUACUUUUAAUAUUUGUACAGCAAAAAUUAUGUCUAUAUGUACUAAAUAAAUUAUAUAAUAUUUUCAAGUUCACUUAACUUGAACUAUUCAAGUUCAAAAGUUAUUAAAAAAAAAAAGUUUCAACAAACAAAAAAUAAAAAAAAACUAAUAAUUAAAAAAAGAAGAAUAUAAAAAUAAAUUUGUAAAAUGUUUUUUACUUAUUUAUUGACUGUUUUGUUGAUCAGUUUUUACAAUGUCGAUAGUUCUGUUAUUAAAAAACGUGCUGAUACAUCUGAUUACUAUGAUACUGAUCUUUGUGACAGUCCAAUUUACUGUCAUGGAGAGUUACUGGAAACAAUACAAUUAUCCCAAAUUUUUAAUGACAGCAAGAGUUUCGUAGAUCUUUAUCAAAAGCAUGAUCCAUCUGUGACUUUAGCAAAUUUUGAAAAAUUAAUGGUGGAAAAUGAUCGUAAACCAAGCCGUGAUCAAUUGAGAACAUUUAUUAAUGAUAAUUUUGAGAGAUCAAAAGAAAUAAUGCCAUGGACACCACCGGAUAUGUACAUGUAUCCUCCAAUACUUGAGAGAAUUGCAGACAGAGAUUUUCGUGACUGGCUUACAGAUUUGAAUUACAUUUGGAAGACAUUGGCACGACAAAUGUCACCUAAAGUUUUAGACAAUCCAACUAGACACAGUUUUAUUCCAGUUGAGCAUGGAUUUAUUGUACCCGGUGGACGAUUUGAAGAAUCUUAUUAUUGGGACAGUUACUGGACAAUUGAAGGUCUUUUAUUGUGUGGUAUGCACGAAACAGCUAAAGGAAUAUUGCUAAAUUUUUUUUCAAUGAUACAACGUUAUGGAUUUAUUCCAAAUGGUGGUCGUGUUUAUUAUCUAAUGAGAAGUCAACCACCUCUUUUAAUAGCCAUGGUCGAAAAAUAUAUUGAAGCUACUAACGAUGUAGAAUUUUUAGUUGACAAUUUACAUUUAUUGGAAAAAGAAUUUGCAUUUUUCCAACGUGAAAAAACAGUUGAUGUUCAUAAAAAUGGUAAAAUUUAUAGAAUGGCACGUUAUUUUGUUAAAAGUCUUGGUCCACGUCCAGAAAGUUAUCGGGAAGAUUAUAUGAGUGCUCAGUAUUUUAAAACCGAUGAAGAAAAACAAACAUUUUACGACGAGAUGAAAGCUGGAGCAGAGAGUGGAUGGGAUUUUAGUUCAAGAUGGUUUAUAAAUAAUCACAAUGAUGCUGCUGGUAAUCUCACUGAUAUAUCAACAAGAAAUAUCAUCCCAGUUGAUCUCAAUGCAUUUUUGCAACGUAACGCAAGAAAACUCAGUAAAUUUAAUGAAUAUCUCGAAAAUACUUUUAAAGCAAAACAAUACAAAGAAAUUGCUGUUCGUUAUCAAGAGGCAAUUAAUGAAGUGCUUUGGAAUGAAGAAGCCGGUAUAUGGUUUGAUUAUGAUUUAAAAAAUCAAAAACCAAGAAAAAGUUUUUUCCCAACAAAUUUAACUCCACUUUAUACAAAAAGUUUUGAUAAAAGCAAGUCAUCAAUUUAUGCUAGUAGAGCUGUUGAAUAUCUUAAAACUCAGGGUAUUGGUGGUUUUUUGGGUGGUGUUCCAACAUCCCUUAAUCCAUCUGGACAACAGUGGGAUGCUCCAAAUGCUUGGCCACCUCUACAAUCGAUUAUCGUUCAAGGACUUUAUAAUACACAAUGCGAACCAGCACUUACUGCUGCUGAAGAAUUAGCCACCAGAUGGACAAGAUCAAAUUACAUUGGCUAUAAACACUACAAUCAAAUGUUUGAAAAGUAUGAUGCUGCUAAACCUGGUGAAUUUGGUGGUGGUGGAGAGUACCCAGUACAAGAAGGUUUUGGUUGGACAAAUGGUGUUGUAUUUGAAUUUUUAGAUAUGUAUCCAAAUAUGACAGUAUCAGAUUAAAUUUUAUAAAUUUUACAACUUAACCAACCAACUUAUUAUUACUAUGGAUUUACCAUCUUGCUCUGUCAGUAUCUAGUCUUUCAGAAUAAAUAGUGCAAUUCUGUGAUAUUCAAAAUGUCACAUUGAAGCAGCUUUAACACUGAAAGCUCAACGAAAAGAAAAAAUAAAAAAGAAAAUAUAUGAAAAUUGAGAUAAACGUAGUAGAAAAAUUAUUUUUAGACUUCGACUAAUAAUACAAAAAAAUAAAUAAAUGUUAAAAUAAAAUAAGAUCAAUAGAAAAAAAUAUAAAUUCAAGCAAAUUUAUUAGGGAAAUGUGUGUAUAGUUUUUUUCACAGCCAAAGGAAAAUAACUAUUAUUUUAUUCACAUUUUUUUUAUUCUACAAAAUUUAUCUGAAAGCAUAAAAGCAUAAGUUAUAGAUUGUCGGAAAAACCACACAUCCAUUUAUUUGAUUACAAAAUUUCAUAAUGGUUCAGCCAAAAUUACUAGAAGCUUUUUAAAUUCACAUUAAAUUUUACUAUUUUUUUCUUUUUUUUGUUUCCUUUUAAAAAUCUCUAAUUCCCUCGAAUAUUUGGAUAUUAAAAAAACACUUGUUAAUUUAAUUUAAGCUACUAAAAAAAAACAUAAACAAAAAUAUAUAUUUUAAAUUUAUUUAUAUUAACAAAUAGUUAUUAUUAUUUUAUUAAACUGUUAAAUUGUAAGUCUGUUUAAACUUCAAACAGGCAUUCAUUAUUAUCAGUAUUUUUUAAUUUAAGUUAGUGAAAUAUUAUUAUUACUUUUUUUUCGUUUCAUUUAAAUAAAUUUGCUUAACGAUAAUUUAAUUAUUAUUAAUUAUUUUUCAUUAGAUAAAUUAUCUUGAAAGGUUUAUUUUCAUCAUUAUAAAUAUUGUAUGAAUUAUGAAAAUUAAUUUAUAAAUAAUUGUAAAAUAUAAUAUUUAAAAAUGUAUUUAAAAAAUAAAAUAUUUAAAAAAUUAUUUUUUAUUUUAUUAA